AUGCCCCACAACCCCUCACUCCACAACGCCCCACAACCCCUCACUCCACAACGCCCCACAACCCUCCACUCCACAAUGCCCAACAACCCCCCCAACUCCACAACCCCCAACAACUCCCCCAACUCCACAACGCCCCACAACCCCCCCCCCAACUCCAAAACCCCCAACUCCACAACCCUCCACUCCACAACGCCCCACAACCCCCCCAACUCCAAAACCCCCAACUCCACAGCCCUCCACAACGCCCCACCCAACUGCACAAACCCCAACUCCACAAACACCCACUCCACAACCCCUCACUCCACAACGCCCCACAACCCCCCCAACUCCACAACCCCCAACUCCACCAACCCCCAACUCACAACCCCCAACUCCACAAACCCCCAACUCCACAACCCCCAACAACCCCCCCAACUCCACGACGCCCCACAACCCCCCCCAAACUCCAAAACCCCCAACUCCACAACUCUCCACUCCACAAUGCCCCACAACCCUCCACCCCACUCCACAACCCCCAACAACCCCCCCAACUCCACAACGCCCCACAACCCCCCCAACUCCACAACGCCCCACAACCCCCCCCCCCAACUCCAAAACCCCCAACUCCACAACCCUCCACUCCACAACGCCCCACAACCCCCCCAACUCCAAAACCCCCAACUCCACAGCCCUCCACAACGCCCCACCCAACUGCACAAACCCCAACUCCACAAACACCCACUCCACAACCCCUCACUCCACAACGCCCCACAACCCCCCCAACUCCACAACCCCCAACUCCACCAACCCCCAACUCACAACCCCCAACUCCACAAACCCCCAACUCCACAACCCCCAACAACCCCCCCAACUCCACGACGCCCCACAACCCCCCCCAAACUCCAAAACCCCCAACUCCACAACUCUCCACUCCACAAUGCCCCACAACCCUCCACCCCACUCCACAACCCCCAACAACCCCCCCAACUCCACAACGCCCCACAACCCCCCCAACUCCACAACGCCCCACAACCCCCCCAACUCCACAACCCUCCACCCCACUCCACAAACCCCAACUCCACAAACACCCACUCCACAACCCCUCACUCCACAACACCCCACAACCCCCCCAACUCCACAACCCCCAACUCAACAAAGCCCCAACUCCACAACCCCCAACUCCACCAACCCCCAACUCCACAACCCCCAACUCCACAAACCCUCCACCAACCCCCAACUCCACAACCCACCCACUCCACAACCCCCACUCCACAACCCUCCACUCCCACUCCACAACCCCCCAACCCACUCCACAACCCCCCACUCCACAACCUUCCACUCCACAACCCCCCACCCACCCACCUGCGAGAAAGAGCCAAUGAUGUGAUGGAGCGUGCAGCACUCAGGUAG